GUCCCCGCAGAGCGCAGAGCGCAGAGCCGCGCUGAAGCACGCCGUCUGUCACAGAGAGGAUCUCCGCACCUUUUCGGGAUUUGAAAGACAACAAGAGUGGAUAAACUUAGCGAACAAGGAGUCCACACAGGUGAGGUGAGGACAAGGACGAGAUCUUCAUCUGCCCCAUCUGUCCAUCAACGAACCAAGUGCCUCGGUGCCGGCCACCCUCAGGUCACCUCAACCACGACGGGCGCCAAACAAUAAAAGUCUUGACCCUGGCGUCUCUCAGACAGACUGCACAAAACAAAUAUUUGAGGCCAUUAUAUCUCAUUUCUCAAGGCAGCCGUCACUGAAAAGAUCAACAGUGAAGGGUGUUGUUGGGAGAAAGAAAAAGAGAAGAAAACGUGUGGGAGGAAAAGUAACCCUUUCAAAGUGCACCCCUGCCUGCUAUUUCUGCUGCGGUGUGGGCAGGGAGCGUCUCUUUUGGGAGAACUUUUGGCUGACAAAAAAAGGUCUUCCCUGUGCCCUGCCUGCCUAUCCAAAUGCCUGUGUAAAUACUGGAUAGAGAUAUCAAUUUGUCUGGGCUCUAACAUUGCCCAACAAAGAGACUGUAAGCUAUCUAUAGAAAACUUUACAACAAACUUGGACUCUGUGGUCCCCUGAAUUGCUACCUAUCUAUUACCCCUCAAGGAAGAUUCACGAGCUGUGAGAACAGGAAGUAGAGCUGUCACAGUUUUCUACACUUAGAAACUUUUACAAACACAAACUAGGUUUGAAAUUUUCACGGGGGUGAACAACUGCUUUCUGGACGACACCAGAAGUCAUUAAGGGGGCUGCAUUUUUGAUGUCUCUUCCAGCUCAGUAAAUCAAUAUGAAGCCCCUAACGCCAGCUGGAUCCCCCUCUCCUCUGAGGCUCCUCAACAAAGGUCCAGACUACCUGCGCAGGCAGAUAGAUGGUGGAGGCCACGGCCGCUCAAUCAGCGCUGUGGAGAGGCUUGAGGCGGACAAAGCCAAAUAUGUUAAGAGUCAACAGGUGAUCAACACCAAACAGGAACCUGUGCUGGUGCCCUGUGCUACCCCACCACCGCAGCCCCGGCGAGCCAUAUCCAUCCCCGGUAGCCUGACGCCUCAACUUCCCCCACGCUAUUCAUCCAACACCCCCUUCUCUACACUCUCUGGCUCCUUCACCUCAAGAGAUGAGAAUGAAAACGAUGACUCCAGGAAGGAGAACAGACGGACUUCUGUUGACGUUGAGGCGCAUAACAGGAGCAAUAUGAAAAAUGUCCUGCUUCCAAACCCCAGGACUCCUGGCAUCAACGCCUUGGUAGCACCACACAGUGCCCCUGUACUCAGAAGGAGCACAGGCAAACGCAUGCUGAGGCCGGACUCCCUCGUCAUUUAUAGGCAGAAGAAAGAGUGCAAGAGCCCCAGCAGCGCAGCAGCGGGAGAGAACGAUAACACGGAGGUGAAGGGCUACAGUUUUGUCCGCCGCCUUUUCCAGGGCUCCAUGAGGGAGAAGAGUAGCGGAGGUGAAGGCAGAAUUCAGAAAAUGGUGAUCGGUGAAGAGAAAGCGCCAUCACGGGAUGGAGACUCCCGCAUGUCUUGGACCAAUGACAAAGACACUACGGACGGAGGACCAGGGAGCAGGAGGUCCAGUAAAACUGACCAAGAACGCAGCCCAGGGUCUAUCCCCAGCCCUGGCUUUAGCUGUGUGCUUGAACAGACUAAGAAUGGAUUUACAAAUGGUACUAGUGAUGGUACUACCAAUGGCAACCACUCAAGUAACCAUGAGGAUGAGAAUGACCCAUGGAAGCGUGCGUCACCCCCACCAGUACCCAGAAGGCAUUUUGGGGAGUUGCGGCGUUCAAAGUCAGACCUGCGUCUGCGCUGCUCAGCGUUAUCAGAGCAGGAGCAUUUCUUUGACUUCUGCGGGCUGGAUGUGGACAUGAUAGAGCGUCUGGGUCGAGAUAAUUUCCUCUCUGGUGCCAGCUCCAUAGACACACUCUCAUUGGCCCUCCGCAGUGUAGGUGGGGACGGCUGCGGCGGCUCAGGGGAUGGCUGCGGUGGCUCAGAGCCCAGCGAGUUCUCCCAGCACUCGGGAGACGGGCUGUUUCAGGAGGAGCUGGCUGAGCAGCUUCCCAACGGUGUGUCAAUCAUUGAGAGGAACGCUCGUGUCAUCAAGUGGCUUUACGGGUGUAAGAACGCUGCUCGAGAGGGACCCAAAGAGUCUACUGUUUAAUAUAGGGACAAGGAACCAUGCGCUGUGGAGUGCUAAGUGUCUGAGGUGUUCUUUCUAAGGUGAUAAGGGUUCCCUGGUUUCUUUCCUGAUGCGUACAUCCUUACACAGAGAGAGGAGUAACUAUUCAGUGAAAUCACCUGGUGGAAUAUAUGGUUCUGCAGACUUUUACCCUUUGGUGUUGAGAUGCACUACAAA